GGGCUGGCGGUCGUUCGAGGUGGGCGAUGUCCGGUGGCCGGAGGCGAGGCAGUGCCCCCUGGCACAGCUUCUCCCGGUUCUUCGCUGCCCGAAAUCCUUCCCGGGACAAGGAAGAGGAAGAGGAGGGGAAGCUGGGGACGAGCCAGCCGCCCGCCCUGGGCGGCGGCGCUGCCAGGGUUGAAAAUGAGCCCAUGAGCACAAGUCAGAAAAAGGAAAAUGUAUUGUCAACAUCAGAAGCAGUAAAGAUUCUCCAAAAUGAGGAUAAGAGAAACCCUGCUGAGAAGCCAGUCACUCUUCCCACACAGGAAGAUCUCAGAAAGCCAAAUGACCUUUCAAAUACCACUUCAGAUACCAAAACAGGAGAAAGUGACAAACAACCAAAAGAAAGCUUUCUUCAGUUUCUUGGUAACUUAUUCAGUAUCUCAGGAAAAUCAUCACUUGGGGAAGCUAAGCAAACUUGUUUUAAAGAUGACCAAGAUAAAGCUGAGAAAGAUUCACAGACUCAUGAGAACUGUCGUAAGGAAGAAAAGAAAGGGGAGAGGGAGACUUUCAGUGGCUUACUAGGAACUCACGCACGUCCAAUGGAAGAACAAGAGUCCAACUCAACAGAACUAUCAGAUGCCUUUUCUCUGGAUAGCACACAAGACAGUGAACAGGAAACCACUGAUUUACUGAAACAAACCAACAGUAAACCAGGGAGUCCUUCAGUAACAUAUGCAACAUAUCGAGGGCCACGACAAAUUAUGAAAUAUUUAAAGCAACAGAUCAUAUUGGAAACUGUGAGUCCUUUAGGCAGAGAAAGUUCUGACUCUAGUGCAGACACACAACUUGACCCUGGAGGUGAAAUUGAGGCACAGAUUGUGCCAUUAGCAUCAGCCAGCACAGACACAUCCAAGAAAGGACAUUUGCUUGAAGAUCCAUUAGGAGACUCUGAUUGUAGCAGCAUAAAUAUCAACCCAGAAAACCAUCUGACAAACAAUACAGAACUGCAGAAUAUUGUUUCCUUUGAGGAGGUUUUAAAUAAAAAUGAUCCUGGUGCCCCUGAGAGAAAUCAGUCAUCUGCUUCUGUGACUAAGUCCAGCUACACGGUUAGAGAAUCUAACCUACAACAAUACCAUUUAAGUUCAACAUUGUUGACAGGAAGUCAGAGCAAUGAAGUCCCUUGUAGUCCAGAAUUUCCGAGGAAAUUUACAACAGUAAAAAAUACCAGGAGAAAAAGCAGCUCUGUGAAGAAUGAUGAGGAACAUACUGAGUCACAGAGACCUCCUGCUUCUGAUUUCUCUUGUAGUGCAUCUGAUGGGAGUGAUACUACCAAACUGGAAAGAACAAAUUUGCAACAUCCAAAUAAAUCAAUGAGGAGGAAAGAUCUGCAAUUGCCAGAUAGUAAGUGUUCUGACAAGCCAACUGCAGAUAACUCAUCAAAGCAGGCUGCCAGUCAUACCAGUACCACCGUUCUCCAGGGACGUGCUGUGACAGAUACAGGACUUGGAAAUGAAGGAAACGGAUUGCUUGCCCAGGACUCACAGAACAAUGUGCCUGUUAAAGAAAUCAAGCAGGCAACAGAAAGUGCCUCAAGUGCUGAACCUAUCACUUCAAGUCACGUAAAAACUCCUGAAGACAGUACUGAGUUAUUACCCAAAGAUACAGACCAAGUAUUUGAAAGGGAAGCCAAAAUGCUUGAUUCAGGACCAUCUGAUAAAAAUCCUCUCAUUAGGGGACUAAAUCAAGAGAACCCUAUUUCCACGAAACGUACCAGUGAAUCAACAGUUGUAGCAUGCUUAGAAAAGAAAAUACCUGAACUGAAUUUGGAAAUGAACAGAAAUUGCAUUUCAGAAUCACCUGUUUGUUAUGAGAAUCCACAACAAUCCAAAGUCUCACCUGAGGCUAAAAAAUCUCUUACUAACCAUGAGAAUAAAAAUUUUAAUACCUCACCACCUACCUUUAUUUCUGGAAGCAGUGUGCUGAGCAAUUUGGAUACCCCUGUUUUCAACACUGAAGGAUCUUCUGUGCUCAUUGAAAUGGGAGAUGUCAAUGUUGUUGAUAUUUCCCACCAGCCUGGUAAGUAUCAAGAGGAAUAUGUAGCAAGUUGUGUAGAGGCUGCAGACCAGAAGAGUCCACCUCUUCUUCAUCUUCAGCAUGCAUCAUCUGUAAUUCUUGAAUCCAAGGAAGUUCUUCUUGAUGGUGAAAAAUCCCAGUGUCCACUAGAUCCUGAAACCAAAGUCACUUAUUCAACUGGGGUGCCACGUUUGAACUUUGAGCCUGGAAGCAUCUUUAAGGAUGAUGGUUCUGUUUCAUCUCAUGGCCCUAAUAAAGCAGAGGUAAUGCCAUCAAACAGUGAAACAAGUAGGGGCAUCAUUGUGAAAUCUGCUUCCUUUUCCUUAGAAACCAAAACAACUAACACUGCUGAAAUCUUACCAAAAGUUGAGGUUGAUGAUGGUCAGCACAGUACUCCCGAAGGAGCAAAAUCUUUGGCUUUGCCCAGUGUAGCUGUUUUCCAAACAGAGUCCAGAGACAUUUCUCUAGCUCACAUUCUUUUUUCUCCACCAGAAAUUGCUGACGAGACAGUGAAGACUGUUUUAGAACUAACGUCUUUAAAGAAUGCACAUGACAAAUAUAUUCAAUCAAUGGAUCAUAAAGAAAUGAAAGAGAAACCCUCAGGUGUGAGCCUUACAAAGAAUUUCCAGGCAGAGAUUUCUCUUCCUGCCUCCAGACAUCAGGGAACACAAGAAAACAAGUUAGAGGCCUCUGGUGAUCUUACUUCUAUUUUCAAAACUAAUUUGCCUGAGACUUUCUCCCAUCCUGGUCAGAAGAAAAGCACUCAAGAUAUGGCACAGAAUCAUGAUGCCACCAUUUGUAGUCAAUCUUUGAAUAUUUGUAGGACCGAAAAGAAUACUGUUCUCUCAGAGAUGGCGGAAAUAAACUUAGAUAAUACUUCCCCACAGUUCCAAAACACUGACACCACAAAAAUAAAUACACCUUUUUUGGGUUCUGCUAUAGGUUUGGAAAAGGAUACAUUUGUAUCUGAGAACUCAAGCUUGUUUAAUGUGCCUUCUGAGCUGAGAUCAGAAAAGGAAGCCUCACUUCACAGGAGAGAGGAUCCAUGUUUUCUGAGUGAUGGUACUGAGAGUGCAUCUUCCUCCUCUCUUCACAAGGAGGAAUUUAGUACAGUUAGAAAUUCACAUGAUCCCCCCAGUAAUUUUGGUUCUGUGAAAACGACCACAGAUCUUGCACACAAAGAUGCUUCUAUAACUAACCUUCGGGACCCUGAUAGCUCUUAUUUGGAAUUGGAAACAACUAUCCAGGUAGGGGUAGAAGUGACCUCACAUCAGGAACACUUUGAGAUUCCUACUGGGAAAAUAACCCUUGCUUUCCCAACUGCUGCCCAUGUUGAUCAUCCCAUGGAAGCAGAGACUGGAGCAGUUGCUGGGGCUCUGGCGACAGUUAACAGCUCACACCAGCAGUGUUCUGAAACUUGUGCUGAGCAUAUAGAAGCAAGGAGAAGAGCACAUGACCAACCUUUGGUCCUUGAAAGUGGUUUACUCAUUGACAAGGCUGACACUUUGAUUGAGGAGAUUUUUAAUUCUGUCAGGGAAGAACUAAAAUACAAACACAUUGUCGGUACCUGCCAGGAGCAUAGAACCACAGGUGGUAUAAUGAAUCCCGGUUCCCUGAAAGAAGACAUCCCCGAGCAAAACCCAUCAGAAGUGACAUUGACAGGGAUCCAACCUAAAGACUGUUUGGAAGAGCAGGGCAUGGAAAGGGGGUCAGAUGUCGAAGAAGAAAAAGCCUGCGUUUCCCAUGCAGUCGGUGAGACAAGUCUCCAUUUUGAUUUUGAUAGAAUGAAUGUAUCUUGUUUGAUAGAAGAUCAAGCUAGCGAGUUAGUCAAUGAGGUUAUUUAUUCAGCACAAGAAAACUUAAUAAAUGAUGCUUUUGAAGAUACUGAGGACACCUGGGAUUCUGAACCUCAGGCUAAUACCUCAAAGAUUCUGAACAGUGAUAGUAUGAAACCACGUAAUGUAGUUAGGGACUUCUUGGUAUCAGAACAGACAAUAAAUCAAAACACACAUGCAAUUAGUGAAAAUAAAAGGCUAAGUAAAUUCUUCUCCAUAAGUAACUUAGUUCAUGACACAGAGUCAAUUAAAGGAAGAGAAAUUGUUCUCUACCAAAAAACUCAACUUUUUGGAAGUAAAGCUGGGCAGUCUGAUAGUAUGAAUUUGCAAGAAUCAGAUAUGGCUUCACAAGCUGAAAACAUGAUCCAUCCAGACCUCAAUGACCAAGUACAAACACAUUUAUUUGUCAAUGAAGACUGUAAGAAAACAGCAGAAGGAGAACAUGUAGAUAUGCAUAAAACAGGGGAGGAACGUAUGGGGAAACUUGUAUUGAAUUUUAAGUGGCCUCCACUUGUAAGUGAUGACAUCCAUGUUCCCGGCACAUCCAAAAGCAGUCUGUCUGAUAGUCUUGUGUGUAUAUCUGACAAAAGCAUGCCAGAGCAUAGUAAAAGCACACUCCUUGCAAUGCCAGAAAUAGGAAGGGUACACAGAAAGGGUAAUGAAGUAAGUGUAGGAAAAAUGGAGUCUCUACCAUCCGUAUUAGACAUAGGGAAAACAAACAGAAAGGAUGCAGAAUUAAAUACUAUAAAACACAAAGCAGCCCCUCUUAUGUUAGAUGCUGGUAGAGCACUUAAAAAUGAUGCUGAAGUAAAUGUUACCAAAACGGAGCCAGAAGCUGACAUUUUUAGAAAGGGAGAAGUAUACCGAAUGAAUGCUGAGAGAUAUAUUGAAAAACCUGAGAGAUUACCUAUCACCUUAGAAAUGGAUAAAGGUCGUAAGGUGGAUAUUGAAGGGGAUAGUUGCAAACCUGAGGUGAUGCCUUUUCUGUCUGAAGUGAAGACUAUUCACCAGAAAGAUGCUGAAGGGGAUAUUGUAAAGACUGAGGUGCCCCCUGUAACACUCGAGAUAGAAAGUAUUUACCAAAAACAUGCAGAAGGAGAUAUUGGUAUGACUGGUAUGGCAUCUGUUAUGUCAGAAGUGGAGAGUAUCUAUCUAAAGGAUGAUGACGAACUCACUGAAAAGGCUGUAUCUAUAUCUGCUACACUCAAAGUGGAAGAUAGUCACCAAAACGAUGAGGAGGGAGGUGUUGUCAAGAAUGAAGUGACAUGUAGGGAAUUACAGAUGGAAGAUAUUUCCCCCAAAGAUGCUGAGAGAGGUCCUGACAAAACUACAGUGGUGCCUGUUACUUUAGAAGCCAUAGAUAUUUGCCAACAAGAUGCCAGAGGAGAUACUGGAAAGACUGAGAGACUUGUGGAGGCUGAGAAAACACAUAGAACAAGACUGGAAUUGACUGUGACACACAUGGAAGCCGUGUCUCCUGGAUCUGAAACUGCAGAAAUGCCCCAAGAGUAUGUAGAAGCAAGUGGUGGAGAAAUGGAAGACGGGUCCACUGGAGUAAGAGAAGGCUUGAUAUUGCACGAUGAUAGACUUGCCUCCCAUUUCAGAGGAUAUGAAUCACCUACAUUAAGUAAGGAUUAUGAGGGCUAUCCGGCUUUAGCAGUGGCAGAUUUCCAACCUGAGAACAGAGUUGUAAGGCUCAACAAAAUCGUGUCGCUUACUGCAGUUUAUGACAAAAGAAGAGAACUAGACUGUAGCCAUGAAAAGGGCGAAUCUAACUUAGCCUUUGUUUCUCAGGAUGAACAAGAGAAUUCUUCCUUUACUAUAUUAUAUGAAGAGCCCCUUCACGAUGAUGACAAAUAUGCUUCUGCAGAAGUGAGAGGAACACAGCCUCUCUUAUUUCCUGACGUGUCUGCUGACAGCAUGCCGGUCCUGGCCUGUGAAAGGUCUGAAAGUCGAACUGACCUCGUCCAUCAUUUUGAAAAAGAAGCUAAACUAGGUGAGACGUAUGAUGGUGAUAGUUCGGAAAUGUUCCUAUCAGUGGAGGCCAAGAGGUACAAAAUUUAUCCCUUGGCUUUGAGUCCCAUUUAUGAGGAUGACAGUUCACAGGAGGACAUUCUGUCCAGUGAGGUCUCACCUGGUCACCACGGAUCCACGAAAUCGAGAGAGAGUGCCAACCAGUCCUCUUCCGUGUUAUCACUUCUCCAGUCUGUAUCAGAGCGCUUAAAGAUGAAUUUUGAUGAAGAUGAUAGGCAGGCAGCUGAGGAAGAGGAGGAAGAGGAAGAAGCAUUGAACAAAGGCCUGGGUGCUCAAAGGAGGGAGCAUGUUACCUUUCACCUGCCAGAACCUUCCUUCACAUUUUACCCUGAUGAAGACCAGGAAAGCACUGAAUUUUCUGCAAAUUCAUACCCAACAACAAAUGAACCCGCUCCUUCUAAUCUGCCACGUGGUCUGUGGUCAGAAAAGGCUUCCUUCCUACAAAAAUGUAAUCUGACUUCUAGACUGCAUUCUUCUUUAAAGAGUGCUUAUCACCAGUAUUUACAGACUUCCAAAAAUUCCUCAGAAAAAGCCAGAUUUGGUGGGAUUUUUCAGGAGCCGGUGUCACAAUAUUUCCCUGUUGAAGACAACUCAGGCAGCUUGAGCCCAUAUAUGGAGAAUGUUGAUAGACAAACUCUGAGAUGUAAUCCACGGCCAGGGAAGAUGGUUAUCUAUGAUCUCCAUGGAAGUAACUAUAAACAAGAGAUCUACUGUACAAUUCCUGAUGCUACAGCAUGGUCUUUUCCGAAUGGGGUACUGAUAAAAGUUGUAAGGGGCUGCUGGAUUUUAUAUGAGAAGGCACAUUUCCAAGGUCAGAAAUGUGUGUUAGAAGAAGGAGAAAAGGUAUUAACUCGUGACUGGUUUCUUCAGAGCAGAAAGCAUCCACAAAGAAACUUUGUACUGGGUUCUAUCAAACGUGUCUUAAAGGACUGCAGCAUUCCAGAGAUAGAGCUUUGCCUGAAGUCUGACCCAGCAUGUUGUCCUAUCUACAUACAACGAGCAGUCCCCAAUUUGGAAGACCUGAAUAUCCCCAAAUCUUGGUCUUUUACUGUCAAGUCAGGAGUUUGGCUUGCCUAUCCAGACAUUAAUUUUAAGGGGCAAGCUACAGUUUGGGAGGAAGACCAAGAGCUCUUUGAGAUUUCUGCAUCAGAGAUGAAAUCAUUAUAUCCACUUCAAAUGGGUGGACUGAAAGUGGAAAUGCCUAUGAACUUAAAGGUUAUUAUUUAUGAAAAACCUCACUUCUAUGGACAGGCCAAAGAGUUUAGUGAGCAUAUAGAUUCUGUUCCUAAUUUUUUAGAAAAUGAUAGUGAUUUCAAUGGAAUUGGAUCAAUUCGUGUCAUCGGUGGAGUGUGGGUUGCCUAUGAAAAAGAACAUUUUAAAGGUCAGCAGUUCCUACUUGAAGAAGGAGACUUUGAAGACAGUAGUGCUUGUGGGGCAUUAUGUGGCCCCAUCUUGUCUUUCCGGUACUUACAGGCUAAUUUUAUAGAAUCUUCUAUCACACUGUUUGAAUCUGACCUUGAAAGUGGGAAGUUUAUUGACAUUACAAAUCAGGAAAUUUCUGACUUGGAAGAAAUUGGCUAUAGCAUUGAAACAAGGUCCAUUCAUGUGAAAAGCGGAGUAUGGGUUGCCUACCAACAGAAAUUCUUUUGUGGAGAGCAGUACAUUUUAGAGAAGGGGAAAUACAAAUGCUUUUUUGACUGGGGAGGAUCAAAUAAUAUAAUCUUGUCAAUCAGACCUGUCCAACUGGAACCACUUGGAAUAAAUGAGCCUCCACAUUGGCUCAAAGUGUUCAAUAAACCAGGGUUCCAAGGAGAAUGUAUAGAUUUUAUAAAAGAAAUUGCUGAUUUUGAUUCAUUCACACCAUGUUCUUUUAAAGUACUCCGAGGCUGUUGGCUCCUGUAUUACCAAGAGGAUAUUUUUGAUCAUCAGUGUGUAUUAGAAGAAGGCCUCUAUGCUGAUCUUAGUUCCUGUGGUUGUCCAGCAUCUAGAGUCAAAGCCCUCAAGCCCAUUGACUACGUUUUUGAAGAACCCUCCAUCAGUCUUUUUGCUUUGGAACACUGUGAGGGACGAGAGUUACAUCUCGAAGAGGCUGUGAAUUCCGUUUUGAACAAGGACCUGCACUUCUAUACCCAGUCUGUGUGGGUGAAAAGCGGACUAUGGAUAGCAUAUGAAGGAUCCAAUUUCUUGGGAAGACAGAUUCUGCUUGAACCUAACGAGAUCCCAAACUGGACAGAGUUUAGUGGGUGGAAAACAAUUGGUUCCCUCCGUCCCAUGAAGCAGCCUGCAGUGUACAUUAGAAUAAAGAACCGAGCCCAGGAUAAGUAUCUGACAGUGACUGGAAAUCUGGCUGACACCAGGGCGAUGUCUGUGUGCAUCUCUCCCUAUAAUGGAAAGGACACUCAGAUCUGGCACUACUGUCGAGGACUCUUUAAAUCCAAGGCUAGUGAUACAUGCCUUGACGUGAUUGGGGGCCGAGACACACCUGGAGCUAAAGUAGCCCUAUGGACUGAGCAUGGUCAAUUCAGGCAGAAAUGGAAAUUGAAUAAAAAUGGAACCAUCAGCUCUUAUCUCAGUGAUCAACUUGUCCUUGAUGUAAAAGGAGGAAGUUAUUAUGACAAGGCUCAUGUCAUUAUAAAUCAGCCCCUGGAGGGAGAAGAAACACAGAUAUGGGACAUUGAAAUAUUGUGAGUCAACAGAAUCUCUACAAAGUGCAAUGGAACCUCACUUCCCUCAUCUUCCUGCACAGAUGGAAAGGAAGCAAAUGUGCCCUCACGCUACUGGACCACUAAGUGGAAGGAACUUUUUCCUAUAACAAUGGAAAAGCUCAAAAUAUUCUUACCAACUAUUCAGUGUUCCUAUGACGAAAAAUGUUAGAAUUUUCAGUUGUAAGUGAUCAAGUUUCCUGAAGCCAGUAUUUUCUCUCCUAACCAUCAAACAUGACUCCAUUGGCCCAUUGUAGGUGAUGCCAGCUGUCUUAAAAGUUUUUCUACCAUUAACCACUCCUGAAAGGACUAAGCACAGGGAAGUACACUCCUACAGGUUGUCCUACUUUUACAAAAAGAUCAAUAAUUCCUUAGUAACAUUUGAAAGUAUAUUUAGUAAGCUUGCCUAUUAAGCUGCUAUGUAUUUGAAGUUUCUGUAUUGAAGCUUUAUAAUUAAAAUGCCCAAGUAUUUAUACUUUUAACUGGCUCCAAAAAGUGACCUUGGCUUUGUUAGAUGAAAGGCAUCCAUAAUGGGAGUAUUUCCUGUCAUGGUUCUCUAUUCCCUUGUUUCAAACUAGUUUCAAACUGUAGAGCACCAGCUUGUACACCAGCUUUAACAAGAUGUCCCUCCAGGUGACAAGUUCCUUAACAACGGUCACCUGUCCAGGUGCUGAGACCUCAUCCAAUUUGCCCUUACCAGUCAAUUUUUUCUUUCUUUGCCUGAAGUAAAAGGGAAGUAAUCUGUAUGUUCAAACUGAAGGGAGCUUUUGAGCUUUGUUUGUUGACCUUACCAUCUUAGUAAAGACAGUCAAUUUCUGUUCAGUGGCAGAAAACUAAAUUUCACUCCCAUUUUUAAUAGUUUAACAGCUCAACAAAAUCAGGAAAGCAUCUUUGGUUUUAUUUCCAGUAAUCUGUCACUACCUUCAGCAGCACAAUAUUUUCUUUCCUGGGUUGGACUUAUACUUAACAUGAGACAACUGUUAGUUUCAUUCUUAACUUUUGCCAGGAAGGAAAAUGCUCUAUUUUUUUAUACAGAGGAUUAAAUUCUCCAGUCAUAUUUUUAAGAAUAUCAACUGCUAUGCACUUUAGAACCCAAAGUAACAGUGAUUAAUCUGAACUAGAACACCCACUACUCAGAGCUUUUAUAGACUUGUUCUUUCCCUAUGAAUACUGGGUGUUUGUUCUUCUUCAAUCUCAGGCUGUUGUCAUCUUUUAAGCAGCAUUUGAAAAUUCCUAUGUCCACAGAUUUUGAGUGCCUCUCAUGAGUAUGGCAGUAUUAUUUAAUGAAACUUAUGUUACAGAAAUAUUUUAACAAAGGGGUGGGGACUUGUGUAUACACAAGGUAUGUAUAUUUGCACUGUAAAAAAACAACUUUCUUUAUGUUAAUUGUUAAAAAAGUUUUUUAGAGCAAUGGAGGCUCUUUAAACAAUGUUUCUUCCAAAGAACAAAAACAAAGCCAGGUUAAUGACAUUUAUUCUACACAAUACAUUUAUUGGAGUUGUGCCUUUUCUACCACACUGGAUUAAAUAAACUCAUCAAAAGUA